CACACUUGUCGCUUGACGCUCGCUCCUGCAGUCUCGCGCUGCCCAGCGCCCUCCGCUCAGUGAACGGCUCUCUGCGGCUGGAGCGUCCGUCGCCCGCCACCUGCCCCGGCUCCCCUUCCACAACAGGUCAUGCAGCUGCCGCCUCCAGGUUGACAUAGGCAGACUGUGAACACACACUCAGCCCUGCAGGCAGCUAAAUCUCCAAACAGUUCUGCUUUAACUCCAAGACCAGACCACAGUCAUCAGAGGUGAUGGACCCGCACUCCAGCAACGUGAGGCAGAAACCUCCUGGGCCAGUUUACCUGACGCUCCCUCCCUCUAGCCGCUGCUGAGCCCAGUAUUCGCAGUCGUCGUCUCAUGGCUGGGAUUCGGCAUCUGUCUGUUAACUUUCCGACAAAUAUUUGACGAAAGCGUCCGCCUGAAGGAGCGUUGAAAAAAGGAACAAACAAAGUGUGACCUGUGCUGUCGUCGACUUGUGAGCAGUCUGUGCGUUUGCGGUUGAAUCUGUAAUCAUGGGAAAAGAACAGGAUCUGCUGGUGGCAGUGAAGAGUGGGGAUCUCCUGCUGGCUCAUAAGCUCCUCUCCAAAGUCAAGUGCAACAAAACCAAGUUGCUGGGCUCCACCAAGAGGCUCAACAUCAACUAUCAGGACUCGGACGGGUUCUCAGCACUGCACCAUGCUGCUCUGACGGGCACCACAGAGCUGCUGUCUCUGCUGCUGGAGGCGCAGGCCAUAGUGGAUAUCAAGGACAUCAAUGGCAUGCGUCCUCUCCACUACGCAGCGUGGCAGGGUAAAGCCGACUCCGUCUUAUUGUUGCUUAGAGCCAACGCGUCCGUCAACUCCUCUUCCCAUGAUGGACAGAUACCGUUACAUCUCUCUGCUCAGUAUGGGCAUUAUGAGGUGUCCGAGAUGCUGCUGCAGCAUCAGUCUAAUCCCUGCCUGGUGAACAAGGCCAAGAAGACUCCCCUAGAUCUGGCCUGUGAGUUUGGGAGACUGAAGGUGGCUCAGUUGCUGCUGAGCAGCAACAUGGUGACAGCUCUGCUAGAAGGGGACGGAGGCCACGAGAGCCUGGAAGCCCCGUCCACGACCCCCCUCCACCUGGCAGCCAGGAACGGACACAAAGACAUCAUCAAGUUGCUGCUCAAAGCUGGUAUCGACAUCAACAGAGCCACCAAAGCGGGGACAUCUCUACACGAGGCCUCGCUCUAUGGCAAAACUGAAGUGGUGCGACUGCUGCUUGAUGCGGGCAUCAACGUGAACAUGCGCAACACCUACAACCAGACAGCUCUGGACAUUGUCAACCAGUUCACCACUUCCACGGCCAGCAGGGAAAUCAAACAGCUGCUCAGAGAGGCAUCAAGUUCUCUCCAGGUCAGGGCGGUGAAGGAUUACUGGAACCUCCACGACCCCACCGCCCUCAACCUCCGGGCUGGAGAGCUCAUUAUGGUCGUGGAGCAGCACUCAGACGGCCGGUGGAAAGGUCACAUCCAUGACACUCAGCGGGGCACGGACCGGGUGGGCUUCUUCCCGCCCUCAGUGGUGGAGGUCCUCAGCAGACGAGCAGGGGGCACUCUCUCCCGCAAAGGAUCACUGCCUUGCCAACGACACUUUGCGUCCAGAGCUCCUCCCUCAAGCCAAGGCCCCACCCCUCAGACUGACGAGUCAUUCACUCAUGGCUAUGAUCCCACAGGUGACAGGAGCAGUGUUGGCAGUGCCGGCAGUGUGGGCAGCAGUCGCAGCGCCGGUAGUGGCCAGAGCUCUGAAAGCAGCCACAAACAGAACGGGACUCCAAAUCGCCAAAAUGCUGACACCGGCAAGCUGACUCCCUCUGCUGGUGAAUCGGGAGACCACCUCCACAUGACAGGAGCAGACCGCAGCAAACAGGCUGAUGGAUCUGCAGGUGGCUCCCGUCGGCAGGUCAACGGCACUCCUCAGAAAGGCUUCAUCAGGCCAGAACAUCUCCUGGAGGGCAAGGACUCUGAGGCCAUCUACCAGUGGUUGUGUGAGUUCCAGUUGGAGCAUUACACAUCCAACUUCAUCAGCGCAGGGUAUGACGUUCCCACCAUCAGCAGGAUGACCCCAGAGGACCUGACGGCAAUCGGAGUGACCAAACCUGGCCAUAGAAAGAAGAUCUCCAUGGAGAUUGGCAAGCUGAGUAUCCCGGAGUGGCUGCCUGAUUACAUUCCUUCGGACCUGGGGGAGUGGCUUAGUGUUAUUGGACUUCCUCAGUACCAGAAGAGACUGAGCGACAAUGGCUACGACUCCAUCACCAUUGUCAAAGACAUCACCUGGGAGGACCUGCAGGAGAUUGGCAUCACCAAACUGGGUCAUCAAAAGAAGCUCAUGUUGGCAGUGAAGAGACUCUGUGACCUCCAGCGAUCUCGUAACCACGCGGACAGAACUGGCGGUGGGACUCUCAGACGCAAACCCCCGGCUGCUCUAGAGCUGGUGGCCAUCGAACACACACCAACACACAGCGUGCACGCUCACGCACACCCUGACGCCCUGUCCGACACCUGCUGCCCCUCCCCUCGCACCCCCAGGGCCCUCCUCUCCUUCCAGGACAGCGAGCUGAGCGCUGAGCUGCAGAGCGCCAUGAUGGGCAGGGCGGGAGGAGGAGCCGCAGAGGCGUUCGGUAUCAGGGGCGUGGCCUCUGCAGCAGGUAUAUCUGCCAUGUCGGUCAGUCAGGAGAGCAUUAGUAUGCGGUCACGUGGCUCAGGGAACUCUGGGAAUUCUGGACAUUCUCAGGAGCACCACGCUACAUCCUCCUCAGCCAGAACGUCGAGCCGGUCGAAGGACAGUCUGGGUAGCGGAGGAGGGGAGGAGGCCAAGCGUGGAGGAAGUAGUCCUGCAGGCAGGGGUAGACAGAGACCCACGGAGAUGUGGGAGCACCAGAGUCGGACCGCGACUCCCAACAAACUCCCUUUCUCCCCCCUCACGCCUCCACUGACCCCGAGCAAAAUGCCUCGUUUUGCCUACCCAGCUGUCCCACCCAAAGCCAAACACUUCCAGUCUAACCGCCUCUAUCAGCCCCAGCCCCAGCACCAGCACCAGCACCAGCCCCAGCCCCAGCCCCCCUCCUCCCCUUCCUCUCCGUCUCCCCCCACACAGAAGGCCUUCAGUUUCCUCCAGGCUCAGGCAGCGGGUGUCAGCGGGGCCCCACAGCUGCUCUCAAAGCCUCUACCUGGAGCCGUCCCUGUGCUGGGGCCCCGGCCUGGACAAGCCCCAGCUGAUGGCAACCAAAGGGGCCCGCACAAGAAGCGUGCCCAAAGCCUAACUCGCUACGCCCUGUCCGACGGCGAGCCAGACGACGACGACGACCUCGCCCCCCCCUGCUCCGCUGCUUCCUCUGCGGCCAUGCCCUCCUACGCCACAUUGUCCCGCAGGCCAGGGCGCGGUCACACCAGCGCCACAGGGGCCCAGCGGCACAUCAACCGCAGCCAUUCUUUCGCCGUGCGUUCACGACAGAAAGGCCCGCCCCCGCCGCCACCCAAGAGGAUGAGCUCCGUAACCGGCAGCCCACCAUGCCAGCUGGGAAACAGGGAAGGGGUGGAGCCAGAGGGAAAGGGAGGAGUGGAGAUGGAGAGCGCGGGCAGCGUGCGGAGUAUUGCAGCCAGGCUAGAGGGAAGCAGCAGCAGUCCAUCAAGGAGGAUCGAUAUCCCACCAACCCACAUCCCGGUUACUCCUGUUUUCAGCCCUGUCUCCUCACUGAUUCCUUCUCACAUCAUCAUACAUCACUCAAAACCUGUACCCGCCUUGGGCAUUGGUGGCCUAAGGAGGACAGGAAGUGAGAGGACAGAAGGAGACACUGAUAGACAGAGAAAUAGAAGUACAGAGGGAGCACCCGAAGAGAAAGACAGAAAAAGUGAAAGAAUAUCAAAGAAUGCUACUGCAUCUCCGAAGCGCAGUUCCUGUGACCGUCUGCCUUUCGCCGAGGAGGGUAACCUGACCAUCAAGCAGAGGCCCCGGAUAGCAGUUGUCCCCCAGGCAGACGCUGAAGCUAAGACUCCCCCAGGGGAGCCGGCCCAGACCCCAAACGGCCUGGAGCUCCCAGAGUUCAAUCUGAAAGAGUCUGACACAGUGAAGAGGCGGCACAAACCCAAAGACAGAGACGCAUCCACGCCAGAGGAGGCUUCGACACCCGACAGAGACGACUACUACCCGCACAUCGGAAACGCACGUGAUGAUGUGAGGGCGCUGCGCGACGAAGGACCUCCCAGACAUGUUUUCCAGAGAGUCGGCUCCAUGGGGAAAGGCCCGAAGCCGCCGGUGUUCUCCAAACCUUCCAGUCCUCUGAAACAAGCCCCUCACAGCAAACCAACUCCCCCGCUGAUCGCAGUCUCUCCACUGCAAGCCAGCGCACAGACAGCCAUUCCUAAACUAACCAGCAUACAGAUUCACACAGUCUCACCCAGGCUGGGUGGCAGCGUACACACACACACUGGUAUACCCAGUCCUAAAGCUGGGAAGCCCCCACAGACGGUGAUUUGCAAGCCUGAGAGUCCACAGAAAGUCGCUGGUGUGUCUGCAUCAAGACUCCCUCAGCACAGCCACGCUUCGGCAUCCACAGCAGGACCAAAUCUCGGUACGGUCCAGAGCGUCGUGUUCGCCCCUCCCUCCUCUCCAGCGACGUCCCCCUCGUACUCCGCCUCGGCACUGCCGGGCCUGAUGGCGAGGGCGGGAACGCCUCCGGCCGGCGUGGCUGGUCUGGAGCUGCUGGCUCAGAAGAGGCUGGAGAAGACCAGCACGUCGCUGGAGGCUGCUCUCAAGGUGGUGGAGAACAAACUGGCGCAGGGGAGCAGCGUGGACGGUGGCGGCAGCACAGUGAAGGCUGCGGGAAAUAUUCUGGACGACAUCAGCAACAUGUUUGACGACCUGGCCGACCAGCUGGACGCCAUGUUGGAGUGACUUUCCUUCACCCAAAGGGAGCAGCAGAGAAGAAGAAGGAGAUAAAGACUCGAGAGAUGUCGUUGAGAACAGAGACUGCGGGGCUCAGGACCUCUGUGGGACUCGGGAGGAAUCAUUAAAAUGCACAUCUAAGGAUUCCCCCCUGCACAAAGUUUCCUCGGCGCUGCCUAGAUUUCCAACGCGAGCACUUCGCCCGAGGACACACACCUGGGAAUGUUAUUGAAGCAAAAAAAAAAGGACAAACGGCCGCUGCGACACCGGCCUCCAGAUGUCUUGUGUGUCUGCUCAGCACAUGAUCACUAAAGGGAAUGAGGGUCCAUUUUUAUUCACGUCACCUGUAAAUGUAUAGAUAAAGUCUAUUGGUGGCUCUGUAUUGUGUGUAGUCGGAUAUCUUUAUACUGAGUAUAUUUAUACCUCUAUACGUUUGUUUUUUUUAACAAAUGGAGUUCCUAUCGACUGAUCCACUGUUUAAAUAGCUGUGCUGUACAUUAGCAUUACUCUUAUGAAUAUACACUGGGGUCCAAUAGUGUUAGAGCACUUUCCCAUUGUCGCUCAUCGUCGGUAACAGUGGGAGAGCUCGUUAAUUGUAUUAAAUAGCAGCCUAUUCCACAUGUAUGUAGCAGAUAUGUUUCUACCAAAGUCUCUGAUCCCUCUUCGGCAGGCACAUAGGAGAGGUUUCAGAAACAUCACGUCUGCAAAGCACUGCUCGUGUCCGCGGAAGCGCGUUCAGCACUCCUGGAGGCUGCGGAGUCCGUGGAGCUCAGCUCGCCUCAGGGUGCUGCCGAGUGAACGUACUGUAAAUUUUGUCCCACGGAAAAGAACGGGAGAUUAUCCUGUUCAACACUGUUGAACAGUGCUGUCAACACUGAGAAUGAAUAUCUAUAGAGGUGCUGAUUUGCAGAUUUGAGUAUGGAGUGUGACAUGGACCAUCUGAAUAUUUAAAGUCAGUUUUUAUAUUUAAGAAAAACAAAACUAUUGUAAAUUGAUGAAUUAAAAGCUGCAGCAAGUAAAACUUUUUACAAUUGAUAUUUCUAAUACUAUCUUUACUUAAAGUGGAAUCACAAAAUUAAUUUAAAAGACAAACUAUUCAUAUAACACUUUUUGUUUACCGUUUACUAAUGUGUCUUCCAAACAUUUCAACUUCACUAUGCAGUUGUUUCUCGCUUUAACAUUUACAGGUUCUAUUUUGUGAUAACUUUAGUUUAAAGCUACAGUGUGUAACUCUUUUUUAUAAAUAUUGUUGAAACAAUUGAAUAUCGUUUUAGUUGACACAUACAUAACAUGAGUUCAUGUCAGAGGCGUCAGACUCGAGGCAGUUAAAAGAUGUUCCCGUUUUUGUGAGUCUCAACCUCUCAACCAAACAGAGAAGGCCGAAGUGAAGGGCGGGGUCCACAGCUGUCAAUCAGCGCAUAAGCAUGAUUCUGCUCUACUAUAAGCACUGCACUCACGCCCAGGCUUUCACUCUCGUGCCCUGCUUCCUGCAAGAGGUCACUGUCUCACAGGUUUGCAAGCUCCCGAUUCCCACAUCAGCCGAGACAGUGAACACCCCUUGGUGGAGGUGAAAGGCUGGGCGGAGCCUAACAACGCAGGCAGAGGGAGGGGUGUGGUUUAUUUUCCAGUCUCAACCUGCAUUUUGUAUCUUGAACGAUGUGACCGAGGCUGAAGAGACUGAAGAUGUCUCUACAAAAAUAAAAAGCGUCAUUUUUGAAUUUAAAGAGAGUGACACGAUGUAAACUUUUUAAAUGUUAAAGCAGAAAACCAAAGCGUAUUAUAAAUAUCAUUGGAACGUCACUUAGACACAGAAUAGAGCGAAUAGAAUCGCUAAUUGGCCUCAUGCAAUAAUCUUCAGGAGAACAGAGAGGCCAUUUCCUGCAGCCAUCUUUAAUCCUGUUUUUUGUUUUUGUUUUUUUACAGCACUCAUAAACUUCCUCCCAUACUUUGACCAGGAGAAGAUGCAGGCGUACUGUAACACAAUCAGGGAGUUGGAAUGUUUUUCAGGCAUUUUGACAGUUCUAGCACUAUUUGUUCCUAUGUUCCUGCUUUGAUGGAUGUCAGUUACUUUUGUUGUUGAUGUUACUGAUUAUAAAUAAUACUGAUUAAAAUAAAUGACUGUGUCAUCCUGGAAGUGAUUAAAAGGAGGAUUUGUACUGA